AUGUCCUCACAAGUGAGGCCCCUCUCCCCGCCCAGGAUCAUCCUGCAGGAGGUGGAUGAGGUUAUCCUGAGUGACACAGAGGAGAUCAUGGAACAACUGCAACCCAAUCCUGGUGCUCUUUUCAAUGUCAAUAACAGCAACAAUAAUGAGGAAGAGGAAAAGAAGAAAAAGAAAAAAGAGAAGAAGGAAAAGAAAGAGAAAAAAGACAAAAAAGAGAAAAAAGAAAAGAAGGAGAAGAAAAAGAAACAAAAGGAGGAAGAGGAAAAGAAGAAAGAAGAGGAAAAGCAGAAGGAGAAAGAGAAGGAAAAAGAAAAGGAAAAAGAGAAAGCAAAAAAAGAAGAGCCAAAAGAGAUCUAUGUGAUCGACCCAGCAGGAAACAUGUACUACAACUGGCUAUUUGUCAUCACAUGUCCUGUCAUGUAUAACUGGAUAUUGAUCAUAGCUAGAGCAUGUUUUGAGGAACUGCAGCAUGAUUAUCUGGCUUACUGGUUCAUCAUCGACUAUGUGUCUGACCUGGUGUACUUGGCUGACAUGGUCUUCAGGACUCGAACAGGUUAUCUGGAGCAGGGUCUGCUGGUAAAAGAUGAGAAGAAACUUCGUGAUCGUUACAUGAACAGUGCCCAAUUCAAACUAGACUUGGUUUCCAUGAUUCCUACUGACAUUUUCUAUUUCGUCGUUGGUCUCAACUAUCCUGAAAUCCGCAUGAACAAACUCCUCCGGGUAACUCGCUUGUUUGAAUUUUUCCAGCGGACUGAGACACGAACCAAUUUUCCAAAUGUCUUCCGAAUCUCCAACCUCGUCAUGUACAUCGUCAUCAUCAUCCAUUGGAAUGCCUGUCUGUAUUAUUCCUUCUCCAAGGCUAUUGGUUUUGGUACUGACCCUUUUGUUUACCCAGAUAUCCGUGAUCCAGAGUUUGGCCGUCUGGUCAGAAAGUACGCUUACAGUAUGUAUUGGUCCACUCUUACUCUUACAACAAUCGGUGAAACUCCGCCUCCUGUAAAGAACUCUGAGUACUUCUUUGUGGUCACAGACUUCUUGGUGGGUGUGUUGAUUUUCGCUACUAUCGUCGGUAACGUCGGUUCAAUGAUUACGAAUAUGAACGCAGCACGAGCAGACUUCCAGGCACGUAUCGAUGCCAUCAAGCAGUACAUGAGCUUCCGACAUGUCUCAAAAGACCUGGAGAAACGUGUCAUCAAGUGGUUUGAUUACCUCUGGACCAAUAAGAAGGCCGUAGAUGAGAGAGAAGUUCUGAAGUACCUGCCAGACAAGCUACGAGCAGAGAUCGGUAUAAACGUUCACUUGGACACACUGAAGAAAGUCAGAAUCUUCGCUGACUGCGAAGCCGGACUUUUGGUCGAGCUGGUGCUUAAGCUACAACCUCAGGUCUACAGUCCUGGCGACUACAUCUGUAAGAAGGGCGAUAUUGGUCGUGAGAUGUACAUCAUCAAAGAGGGCAAACUGGCUGUAGUGGCCGAUGAUGGAAUAACACAGUUCGUUGUCCUCAGUGAUGGCAGCUAUUUUGGUGAGAUCAGUAUCCUCAACAUCAAAGGCAGCAAAGCUGGGAACCGGAGAACAGCCAACAUCCGCAGUAUCGGGUACUCUGAUCUCUUCUGUCUGUCUAAGGACGAUCUGAUGGAGGCUCUAACAGAGUACCCGGAUGCAAAAGCCAUGCUGGAGGAGAAAGGUCGUCAGAUCUUGAUGAAAGAUGGCCUGCUGGAUUUGGAGGUAGCCAAGCAGGGCCCUGAUCCCAAGGACAUGGAAGAGAAGGUUAUCAGGAUGGGCAGCACUUUGGAGGACCUUCAGACGCGGUACGCCCGUCUGCUGGCUGAGCAUGAGGCCACGCAAAGCAAGUUGAAGAGACGUGUCACAAAACUGGAGAAGAAGAUAACAGCAUCUACUGGAGUGGUGUUCUCUGAGAUGGUAGAACCAGAGGCAGCUGCUGCUUCAGCUCCAGCAGCCGAGAAAAAAGAUUAG